AGGCCCCAUUUCCGCCCCAACUUGCGCCCCACUUUCAUCAUGCCCGCAUACGACAACCGGGGUGGAGCCCGCUGUCGUACUCGCAGGCCAGGACCACACCAUCACAAGGGAGGUUGUUUGUCAGGACAGCGCGGGAUUUAUUCACGAGGUGCCGAUAUGGAAUGGAUGCGGAGCGCCGUUUUCGGCGAGGACACCCCAUCACCUGUCAGGGUUAUUACGAGGCUGUUUACGGCGGGCGGCGAGGAGAUAGAGGACAGCGAUGAUACAGGAACACAUCGCGAGAUGCAUCCAGGGCGCAAGAAGUGCGGUUGCGUCAUAGAGUUACCCCCUUGUGCUCUCGCAUGCUGUUCGGCGCAGGGGCGCCGAGAGGACUUCGACGAUGAGGAGAAUGACGACGACACGGAGGGUUCGGACGAAGAGGCGGAGCGCGACAAGGACAUGGUCCGCGAAAUGCAUGAUGCCGCCGCGGAGUAUGGUGAUGUUCGGGUCACGUUGACGGAGUCGCCGCCUUAGAACACCGUGAAGCUGGUACUAAGCGGCGACUGCGUUCACCUUGAACCGCUUUCCUGGCUGGGAGGGUAGACUCCGGGAGUGGAAAAGUCAGCCGGAAGUGUUGGAGGCAGGGUUGCAAGACUACCAGAAGGGAAGGCGUUGCACUACCUAUCCUGCAUCAUCAAUCACGUGGAGGAGGUGGGUUGAUACGGUAGUCAGUUAGCGAGUUGGGCAUUUGUGGAAGGGUUUGCGUGUCUGUUUAUUCCGGUAGGGAUAGGUGUGUUGGAGCUACCACCAAUUCCUGACGCUCGAGUCUAGAAUCAACCAUCCGAUUUCAUCUUGAUAAUGUGUAUUCCACGGCCAAGUAGCUGAGGUACUCUACCCAUGCCCGCGCUCAUCUGAUCGAACCGUUCCCCAUCCCUCCCCUUACUGCAGGAGUUGUACAAGGUGUACGUGAAAGAGCGCAAGGACUCCGUGGCUGUGGAGCUCCCUUGCCCGAGUGAAAGGUAUCAGAUCACAAAACCGCGCGGGCAAGUCCUGUACUACAUUGCCGGGUGGGCGGCCAGCGAGGCUUGGACGCAUCAACGAAGACACAACAUUUCCCAGGAUUGUGUGCGUGUCGUCCAACACAACAUUCGCCGGUCCAGUGGGGAGGCGACAUGUACUGAUUCUAUGCUGAGAAAUUUCGUAGCAGAAGUCGAUUCGAAGAACGAUAUGAAGAACGGUCCGGGACUUCUUUUCCCUACGAUGGAGUGGGUAGAGUUCGUGUAUGCCGUGGAGAGGGGGCAUAUUCUAUUUUUGAAAAAACCCAUCUUCCUUGCUGCUUGCGUCGGAGACUUGCCAGCCGAGAGUUUCAAAGUCGUAAGCGAGGCGGAGGUCGUCAGGGAAAUGUGGUGUAUUGUUGCCCCCCUGGUCCUCCUGCCAUCGAUCCUAGUGUAUCUCAAGAGAUGUUUCUUUUCGUUGUCGGGAAAAUCCUCAACGUGCGAAUGGGUGACUUCGCGAAGAGUGCAAGGGAGAAUACUUCCCUCAAGUUCUCGAAGGCCGCGCCUGCUUUGCGGCAACAGCUGAACGCACGGGUCGGGCCAAAUGGAGGGGCGAGGGCCGGUAGUGGCGAAGCAAUGGGGGUUGCACAGGGG